AAGAGCCCCGAAAACAUAGCGGCGACGCCGCGGCCAAUUUCCCGAGGCGCACACACACUCACACACUAACAUUCACUCAGCCACCAAUUCUGAAGUUCAACCCAACCACACUCUCACUCUCUUCACUAGUCUUGCUGCUGCUGCAACUGCCUCUGAGUUUCACCAUAGCCGUCGAUCGAUCUCUCCUUACGCCAGAACAAGGAACCAUUAUAUCGGACAAAUACCGGGUGAGAAAUUCAGGGGAAUUUCUUCCGCCAUGCCACCGGAAGAACCCCUUUCCAAGUCACCUCUCGAUAAGCCUCUCCAACAACUUACCGAAGACGACAUUUCUCAGCUCACUCGAGAAGAUUGCCGCCGUUACCUCAAGGAGAAAGGGAUGAGACGGCCGUCCUGGAACAAAUCACAGGCGAUCCAGCAAGUUAUAUCACUUAAAACGCUCCUAGAGCCCCCGACAUCGGAUUCAGACUCCGCCGCCGGCACCUGCAAGAAGCGCUACAUUCCCCGUCCCCGUUUUGAUAAUCUCAACAACAACAACAACAACAAAAAUGAUAAUCCCUCUUUGAACAGUGCAACCAGGGGAACCAGCGCCGAUGCUGAAGUUUCUGAGUCGGCGGAAGAAGCAGUGCCGUAUGAGGGUGGGAAGGAUGUAGAAAAGCCUGAUGUUUCUGGCCGUCUCCUUGUGGGGGACAGUGACUCGACUCCCCCAAGGAAUACAGAUUCCUCAAACACUCCAGUAGGACAGAUGACAAUCUUCUAUUGUGGUAGAGUGAACGUGUAUGAUGAUGUCCCAGCUGACAAGGCACAAGCACUUUUGCAUCUUGCUGCAAGCCCACUUCAUUUGCCUCAGGAACCUCUCAUUGACAGUUCUCUGGCGCUGCUUUCUACACGCCACCUACAGGCAACAAGUGUAAAAGCAAGUCCAGAUUCUGCUGUUAUACUACUGCCAAAUACACAAACAGUUAAAAUGAAUGAGAGCACUCGGCUGCAUGGAGAAGAAUACAAGUUUCCUGAAGACAAUCCUGAUGUCCCAGCAAGCAGAAAGGCUUCAGUUCAAAGAUAUCUUGAGAAGCGGAAAGACAGGUUUAAGAGCAAGAGAAAGGUAGGAACGACGCCAACGACUAGCUUGGACGUCUACUUAAACCAUCAGAUGGGGCAUCAGUUCCCAAAUGAGCACCCAAGUAGGACUGACCCAUGCUCCCCACCCCAAAUUAGACCAUCUAAUACACCUAUAAGGUGCAGCUCAAUGGAGAAUAAUUUAACCGGGAAUGCAAAUUUUUCCGCUGGCAUUAAAGACAAAGAUGUGAAAAAAUGAGAGGGAAAACACAGACACACAAGGCACCCUAGUUAGUCUAUCUUCAAGUCGCGUAAAGUGAAGGCAAUGUCAAUUCAGAUGAUACGAGGCAAAUCGUGAGGAACCAUGUGGAUAUAAACAUUUCUUCAUCAGCUCAUUUGGCAUCAACAUUCUACUUCAAGGCUGUUGCUUUUUCUGGUCAAAGGUGAGGAAAGGGAAUUUGUCGUCGAGUUUCCUCUCUUCUCUGUGAUACGUGUUCACUUUGUCAGUGAAAUUGGAGUAUCCUGAUGCGGAUAUCAUUACUGGGUUUUGACGCCCACGCCCGGUAGCAAGGUCCUCUUUUCAUGACACUGGUUCUUGAGGAUCUUCAAGCUUGUAUAUCGACCGACAGUUUAACAUUGCAACCUGCGAUGCCUAUUCUAGGAAUUCACAUCAAGGUCUAGGCAAGUUUUAGUCUGAUGACACGUUUGGCGGUACAUAGGUUACAUUCUUAUCACGUUGGUGAUACUUUUUUGAGACUGAUGUAAAUCAUUGAGGAAUUGGAGCAGCAUGAAGCUAAAUCCACGGCGGCUAUUAUUAGUGAAUUACUCUCUUGUUUCAUCA